GGGGCAGCAGCCAGGAUGGCCCAGCCCUGGCGUGGGGCUGCCGAUGGUGCCCCACAUGUGCCGGUUCCCCCCGCUCCACCGCCCUGCUGCAGCGCUGCGGGGGAAACUGAGGCACCUCGGGUGCUCAGCCCAGCGCCUGUGGUGGGGGCACCCCGGCUGGCUCCCGCGGGGCUGCAGUGUCACGUGUGGCACAUGGGACGGUGGGGCUGCCCACACGGAGCCACGUGGAGAUGUCCCGCCCUGCUCCUUGUCCCAGGGCGCGCCGGGAUGGCAAUUCCUUCCUCAGGCCGGUUGCCAGUGCGUCCCCGCAGCGGCUGGACCAUGGAGCGGAUGGAGGUGACAGAGACCUUCGCCGGCAUCUCCCUGCCCGGCCACCUCCACACCCAGGAGUCCCUCAGCUUUGCCGCCACCUUCCCCUUCCGCCCCACCGACGUGGUCAUCGCCACCUACCCCAAAUCGGUGCCCUGCGCAGGGCUGGCGCUGCCCUGACCCCCACCUCCCCAGGCACCACCUGGAUGCAGGAGAUCCUGACGCUGCUGUUCAGCCGCGGGGACGUGCUGCCGGCCAAGACCAUUCCCAACUGGGAGCGGGCGCCCUGGCUGGAGCAGAUCUACUUCAGGCAGGCGCUGCGGGACACGGCCACCCGCCGGCUCAUCACCACCCACCUGCCCGCCCGCGUCCUGGCCCCUGCCCUGCAGCACAGCAAGGCCAAGGUGAUCUACGUAGCCAGGAACCCCAAGGAUGUCGUCGUCUCCUUCUACCACUUCCACCGCCUGGCCAAGUUCCUGCCUGACCCCGGCUCCUUUGAUACCUUCCUCACACGGUUCCUUGAGGGCACAGUGCACUAUGGCUCCUGGUUCGACCACGUCAAGGGAUGGCUGGGCCAGCGGCAGCUCCUAGACAUCUUCUACGUCACCUACGAGGAGCUGCACCAGGACCUGCGCGGCACAGCACAGCGGCUCAGCACCUUCCUGGGCUGCCCACUGGGGCUGGAGACGCUGGGAGCCCUGGAGCAGCACUGCAGCUUUGCCACUAUGCGGGACAACGUCAUGGCCAACUACACCCUCAUCCCCACCGAGAUCAUGGACCACAGCCAGGGAUCCUUCAUGAGGAAAGGAGUGGUGGGCGACUGGCGCGACCACUUUUCCCCCCAGCAAAACGCCCUCUUCAACCGCCUCUACCAGGAGGAGAUGGGGGACUUGGAGCUGCCCAUGUGCUGGCCCAUGGCCUGAGGGGCUGGGGGGGCCGGCAUCGCUCAGCCCUGUCACUGCACAACACGAUGGGUCCCCCACCCGCCCAGGUGCCCUGCAUGGGUAGCCCCCCAGCACCCCCAUAACUUAUAGACCCCCAUGCAUCGCCCCAGGGGCCAGGACUGUGGCACAGCAGGGGGUCUGGCAUGGAGCAGGGGUGGGGGGACACUGGGUGCAUGACACCUCCCUGGGGAUGGGGGACUUUUCCGGCCAUCCAUCGUGGCCAUCCCUGUGGCCUUCCUUACACCGGAGCAGGAGUGCCUGGCCGUGACCCCCCUUCCGCCCAGCCUGCCCUGCGGAAAUAAAUAUUUAUUGCUGUUUCCA